UGGGCCCAGAAUCACCGCACAGUUAGUCUGGCUAGAAAAGUGAUUAUUGUACCCUGGAUUCUUGCACUAGCCUUUACGAUACAUAUUCUCAUCUUCAUGGAUGUAGUAAAUGAUGGACGAUGUAAUACAUACUGUGCUUUCAACUUGGCAUCCUGGGGUGACACUGUUAUAGAACAGUUAAAAGUGGCCUUAAGUAUCUUGACACCCAAAGGGAUCAUCCAGUUUGUCAUUGGCUUUGCUAUGCCCAUGUCCAUUGUGGCUAUUUGCUAUGGGCUCAUAGCUGCCAAGAUCCGCAAACAAGGCACGAUAGAUACCAGCCGUCCCUUACGAGUCCUCACUGCUGUCGUGGCUUCUUUUUUCAUUUGUUGGUUCCCUUUGCAACUGGUUGCCCUUCUGAGCGCGGUUUGGCUCAGAGAGAUGUUAGUUGAGGGUAAGUAUGAAAUUCUUAGCUUUCUGGUAUACCCAACGAAUGCCCUGGCCCUCUUCAACAGCUGCCUCAACCCAAUGCUCUACGUCUUUGUUGGCCAAGACUUCCGAAAGAGACUGAUCCACUCCCUGCCCGCCAGGCUGGAGAGGGCCCUGUCUGAGGACUCGGCCCCAACCAGCCACACAACAACCAAUCUGGCCUCGCCUCCUACAGAGGCCGAGCUACAGGCAAUGUGAGAGGGACUGGGAGCAUUUUUGAACUUUGCCUACUCCUCCCCUGCUCCUAGCGCCAGCUUCAUCUUACUUGGGUUCAUACUUAGCCAUUCAAUAUGAAAUCUACUUU